AUUUCUUCUCUCUACGUAUGCUUCUGUGCUGAGAACGAGAAGAGAAGCUUAUCUAAAAGUAAUUAGUAAUUUUAUUUGAUCAAAUUUCACUAACCAAAAAUGUUAAUUAACAUAUUAGUUUCCUAAUUAAGAGCAUAAUUCAAAAUUGGGCUUUAUGCAUAAAUUCCUUAAUAAUUUAUUUCUUUCACUCUCUCUCUAAUAACUCUCUCAUCUUAUUUUUUUUUUAAAAAAAAAAAUUAAAAGAAAAAUCGAUUCGAUCAAAAAUUGUUUUUUUUUUGUUCUGUAAAAUCUGGGUCGAAUAUACGGAAGAUCCGGUAACAAGAGCUCGGCGAUUUUGUAAGUUGUUAUUGGAGCUUUGAGAUUCGGGUAUUCGGAGCUGGUUUCGGGUUCGGAUUCUAGGGUUGCUUUGGUUUGGUGGUAUUGGAAUUUGGAUAAUGGCUCAGGCGAACGGGAGAGGAAGAGUGGUCGGAGAUUAUCUGGUGGGCCGGCAAAUCGGGUCGGGUUCUUUCUCGGUGGUGUGGCACGCGAGGCACCGCGUCCAUGGAACUGAGGUGGCUAUCAAGGAAAUCGCCACGAGCCGGCUCAACAAGAAGUUGCAGGAAAGUUUAAUGUCUGAGAUCUUUAUCUUGAAGAAGAUUAACCAUCCCAAUAUAAUUCAGUUGCACGAUAUUAUUGAGGCGCCUGGGAAGAUACAUCUUGUGCUGGAAUACUGUAAAGGUGGUGAUCUUUCCAUGUAUAUCCAACGACAUGGAAGAGUCCCAGAAACAACUGCUAAGCAUUUUAUGCAGCAGCUAGCGGCUGGGCUACAAAUUCUUCGUGACAAUAAUCUUAUACACCGGGAUCUAAAGCCACAGAAUCUCCUGCUUUCUACUCAUGAAGAUAGUGCAGUUUUGAAGAUUGCCGAUUUUGGAUUUGCAAGAUCUUUGCAACCUCGAGGCCUUGCAGAAACUUUAUGUGGGUCUCCUCUCUACAUGGCUCCUGAGAUAAUGCAACUGCAAAAAUAUGAUGCGAAGGCAGAUCUAUGGAGUGUUGGGGCAAUUUUAUUUCAGUUUGUAACCGGAAAAACUCCAUUUACUGGAAACAAUCAAAUACAGUUGCUCCAAAACAUUGUGAAAUCAACUGAAUUAAAUUUUCCUCCAGAUAGUAAUAACUUUUUGAGUUCCGAGUGCAAAGACUUGUGCCAAAAAUUGUUGCGUCGUAAUCCAGUGGAGCGGUUGACAUUUGAAGAGUUCUUUAACCAUCCGUUUCUAUCUCAAAAGCUGCCAAAUGACUCGUUAAGGAGUAGGGGCUCAACAACGAGAAUAGUUACAGGAUUUCCACUAUCUGAUAGCAACCCGGUAAAGAAAACAGAUGCAAAUUCUCAGGAGGAUUGCUUGCCUUUCUUCUUAGAUGAUGAUUCAAGUGGUCCGGAGGGGAGUCCUUCUUACUCAAGGAGGCCCUCAAUGAAGUCUACUAUUGGAUUUUCUCUUGAAACAAAAAAUGAGAGACGUGAACCUCCAUCUUUUGAUACAAAAAUUGAUAGGCUUGCAAUGGCACCUACUACGUCUAACAACAUUGAUCCUAUAUUCCAAUACAAGACUGCAAGCCCCAAAGAAUCUUAUAAUAUUAGGCCGGACAGCCAUAAAUCAUCUGUUAAAAUUCUACAUGAUCCUAUUAAACUCACAAGCCAAAAACCAAUAAAUGCCCGCCCAAGAGUUGUUGAUUCACUGGAGUUUAGUGAUCAAGACUAUGUACUUGUCUCUGGACCACCUGUUGAUGUGUCAUCAUCGUCAGGCAGUACAACCAAGCCAAGCCAUUUUCCAUACAAAUUAGAGAGUCCACCUAAAGCAUCUGCAGCUACAAUUUCAACAGCGCCCUUGCCAAUCAUUGGUGCCACUAAUAGUAAUAUUUGCCGCAUGGAAAGCAUGGAAAGUCAGAGCUCUGGUCCAGGGACUUCCCAAGGAUCAACGGAUAUGGAUACUUUGGAGCAGCCAUCAACGAACUGCAUGAUAAGGCUAAAGUCUUUGCAGAAGUGUGCAGCUGCUAUAACAGAAUUAGUUAAUGAUAAGAUUGAGGCUGAUAAGCAACUUGAAGCAUUCUCAAUCCAGCUUGUAAUUCUUGCAAUUUGGAAGCAAGCAUUGCAUAUAUGCCACACGCAAGCUGCCUCGGAUAUGGAAGGAAGUCCAAACCAAGAGACUACGAGAUUGAAGAGUGCCAGCAAGAAGAACAGUAGCCCUGAUGCAGAGGAAUGUUCUGAUGUUAACACUCUAGGGCCUGAGGAUAUUUCCCCUCAGAUUGAGAGAGAAUUUCUGAGAGAGGUUGAACAUGCUGAAGAGCUUGCAAAGAUUAUCAAGCCUGGGAAUAUAGAGAUGCCAGAUCCAAUGGAAACAAUCUUUCAAUCUGCUCUUGCUUUUGGGAAACACGGGGGUGUAGAUGAGUUAAUGGGUGACAUGGAAAGUGCAGCAGUAUUUUACUCGAAAGCUGUUCGGUUGUUAGUCUUCCUUCUAAUCGAAGCGCCAUCCCUCAUUCUAAACCCUCCUUUCUCUCUGACGAGUUCAGACCGGUAUAGGCUCCGAAAUUACAUUGACAUACUUAAUAACAGGCAAGGUUAUUCGAGAUCACAGAGGAUGGCUAUCUUAAAGUGUGGGGAACAACAAUGUUCCUCUUCUUGACAAUUCAAGAUUUAGGAUUCUGUUCGUUGAUAACUUGCCCUUUUUUCAUUUGUGUAUAAUUAUUUGUUUGUACAGCUAUUCUUUGUGGGGGAGGAAAUUAGGGUUCGAUUUCGGGGAAGUUAUUGGAAAACUUUGUAUGUUGGCAUGAUGAUGUUGUACCACUAACACUUAUAUGUUUAUUAAAGAGGGAGGGGAGGAAGAAAUGGAGGAGGGAGAACUAAAUUACUUGCAGAAGAAAGGGAAAGAGAGCAAGUAAUUCUAUUAUUGUGUUUAGUAUAAGAUUGGAAAAAGAAAGGAGCAAAAUCCUCUCAAUUGUUAGGUGUGAUUGUGAAGAAGUGAAAGGGGAAGUUUUUUCAUUUAGAAUAAUCAUUCAAUCAUCAAUUAAAGUGUAUAAAUGUUUUCUAAAAUCUCUAUAGUUUAGAUUGAUUGAAAAUUAGUUAAAA